CACACACACACGCACGCACGCACACACACACGCACGCACACACACAGCUGCUGAAGUUCUGCUCAUUCCGCGCCUGUUCCUGGUAUUGUGUGUGCAGCAGUGUUUAGGUCAGGCUUUAAUGAAAACCGCAAGUCUUCUCAGCAUCUUCUCUUCACUGGAAGGUGUGAAAGUGAGGCUGCAGGUAGAUGGAAAAGCCCGGCGCUUUACUAUAAGUGUCAACUCUGGCGUCACGCUCGAGCGCUUUAUUCUGAUCUCUGUAUGUGCGGAUGCGCGCGCGAGCGAGCGACUGUGCAGUUUACCGGAAAAGGUGUCGAGCCGUAAAUACAAAUAAAGCAGCCGACAGAAAGUUUUGCGAGCUCUGAGAGAGAAUGGUGCGGUGGUGUGGCUUCCUCCUGGUGCUCAGCGUGUCCCUGCAGGCCGCAGGCUGUAUGGGCCGAAAGCAGCUAGAGCUCAGUGUGGGUCAUGUGUUUAUCCUUAACUGUCAGGAGUUUUCUGAAGAUAAAGUGAUAAGUGUGAACUGGACUCGAGAGCCGAACCAAGACUGGGACGCAGGAAUAAAGGUUAUAAAUCAGUCGCUAUGGUUCGUCCCUGUACAGGAGUCACACAGUGGAAUCUACACAUGUUAUUUCAGUGACAAGGAGGGACCUUUUGAAAGGCAAUUUUCCAUUUCUGUAUCCAAGAGCAAAUGUCCCCAAUGGGCCUCAUCAGUGUUCCUAAUGACGAAAAGGCAUGAACAUCUUAAAUGUGGCAUUUUUGAGACAUUGAGGAAAGUUGAUCCAUUAAAUCUACCCAACGUGAGCUGGAUGAAGGAUUGCAGUCCGCUUAGCCGGCAUAAAGAAUCCGACACGCUUCGAUUCACCAGUGUUUCAAAUGGUGAUGAGGGAGUGUACACCUGCUUCCUGAACUUCACUCAUAAUGGAACUUCAUACACUAUGGCUCAGAGCAUGAAAGUCAGGAUCACUGAUCCUAGUCCUGUUCCACAGAAGCCCAGAGUCAUAAAACCACGACAGGAAACUCUUGAAGUAAAACUGGGUUCAAAGCAGGUGUUACACUGCGAAGUGUUUGUUGGGCCUGGAUCCUGUACAAUGGAUCAUGUGGAAAGUAUCAGUCCUUAUUGGCUGGUGGACAGCACAUUUGUUGAGCAUUACCAACAGUAUAUGGUUACUCAUAAUGGCUGUACAACAGAAAACAACGUGGAGUUUCGCCACAGUAAUCUUACCAUUUUUGAAGUUCAGCAAGAAUUCUUCAACAUCCCUUUUCGGUGUGUCGUCCGCAGCUCUGUAGGUUAUGACAACGGCACAGUGAUACUUAUUCCAUCCAGUCAGAGAGAGCUCUAUUGUACUUUGGCAGUAUUCACUGCUUAUGCAGUAGUAGCACUGGGGUUCCUGCUGUUUUAUCAGUUUAAAGUGGACAUUGUGCUCGCUUACAGGAAUCUCAGCCCUUGUUUGAAACAACAAAAUGAUGGGAAAUUGUAUGAUGCCUAUGUCAGUUACCUCCAUGGUGAUGAUCACAGUGUGUCAACGACCUUUGCCCUGCAUGUCCUGCCGGAGGUUCUGGAGGAUCGGCUUGGCUAUAAAUUGUUCAUUAGUGGCCGGGAUGCACUACCAGGCGCAGCGGUCCAUGACGUCAUUUCUGAAACAGUUGGGAAGAGUCGGCGGCUAAUCAUUGUGCUUCCAUCCCAGCCUUUCACAAAGUCUUCAGAUAGUGAAAUGAAAGGGAGACUUUUAAAUAAAAUGCCACCUGAGCACUUGAGUUUAAACAACAACAUAACAGCGACUGAUCCAGAUCUCUCUGAAUCAUCUCGGUUGAACUGGGGCCCUUACGAAUGCUUGGUGGGUCUGUACGAUGCCCUGGUAAAAGAGAGUUUACAGGUCAUCCUGGUCCAGGUGGGAGGGGAAGUGGAUGAUGCUCUGCUCCCAGAAUCAUUGCGCUAUGUUAGGCACACUCAGGGGAUACUCAAGUGGAAGCAGCACUACACCAGUGAGCCUAAUGGAAGAUUCUGGAAACAGAUGCGUUACCGAAUGCCACCAGUGCAAAAGACCAGAACAGCUGUUAUGGUUUAAAGCUGCUGUAUUGAUUUUUGUUAGAAAGACUAUUUUGGGGGAUUUUUCCCCAUAUUUCUCCCCAGUUUGGUUGCCAACCAAUUCCCACCCAUCAGCCAGCUGUCACCUAUCCGAUGACAGCUACCUACCUGGGAGGAUGAAGGCUCAGACGAAAGUGCUAUUCAUCCUCUUCCACAUACUGUACGUAAUCUCACAGAUGCUCACGACUGGCUAGUGUCACUGUGACUGACAGCAUGCCAUCCUGCCCAUCCAGAGAGCACUGCCAAGGAUUGGCUACAAGAAUAUUGUUGUUGUUGUUUUUUUUAUCAUUUAUUUAAUUAAAUUCUUUUAACUUUAGAAGAAAUGAUAAAUUCCAUAUUACAAUUUUUUAUAUUUUUAUAAAAAUAUAAAUCUAUAUCUAUUUAUCUAUAUAUUAUCUAUCUAUAUAUCUAUUUUGUAUAUGUUUACAAAAAAGCAAGAUUUAAGUGUACAGUUUCUAUAGUCUACUGUAACCUUUUCUCAGGUUAGAGAUUCCUGCUAGAAGUAAAAGCAUUCUGCCACAAUUUUACAGGAAAUGUUUAAAUAUUUUAGUCAGAAGACCACUUUGAUACCUAAGUGACCACUAUGAUGAGAAAGAAAGAGAAAAAAUCUGUAAUUCAUAUCCAGGCUUCAUGUCAAAAAAUUAUUAAAUGGCAGACAAACAUUGUUUCAACAAUUCAAACAUGGUCUAAAAAUGAUAAUGUUCCUGUAUUAUGUGAAUUCUAAGGAUUUCAGAUAGAAGCAUCUAUAGUAUGCUUAACAGUUACAAGUCAACACCACGAGAGCUGGAGAUUGGAGGAACAGGCAUCAUGUAGCGCACCUGCUUCCAGAACCUGGAGUUGGGGCAAGUCGCUUGGCCACUCGCCUCAUCCCACCUUAGGGGUGGAGUCUGCUGGAGGAGAUGCUGCAGCCCCAGGGGCAGAUGGGAAUACUCCUUCAUAUCUCCCAGUUGAAUCAGAAUCACUCUCAGCUCCUGAUCGACCAGCACCCGGUGCAGCCCCACAUGCCAGUCAUAACAGAGUGAGGGUGUGAGCCCUUGAUGUUGACUGACUUUUGGAGGCAGCACAGCUAUGAGCCUGCGGCUCAGCUGCAUUCUCGUCUCAACAAGCUCAGUGUAAUCUGGUGGUGGCAGAAAAAUGGUAGCUGAUGAUUUUGAAUCUAUUUCUUCCCUUUUCACUGAGCUCAGUACUUAACAGUUGAUGUCCUUGACUAUUUCUGUUUAUUUUAUGCCAGUACAAUUGUAAAGCCAACAUGAGUGUUCCAGCCACCAGGUGGUGAUCUCGACUGUGGGUCCUACGCUGCCUUCUCAUCAUGCUCAAGUACAAAUAUAUCAUUCAGAAUGAACAGAUUCUAAAAGGAUACAAAUACAGAUUUUUUUUUUUUUUAUUAGAAAGUUUGCCAGAAGGUGUGCAUCUGGUCCAAUGACUGUAUAUAAGUGUGGACUUCAUAAAAUUUCAACCCCACCCAUUGCACAUUAGUGAAAUGAGACUUAGCCAAACUUACAUUUUAAGUUACAUCUCCACAAAUUACACUGCUCAAAAAAAUUAAAGGAACACUUUUUAAUCAGAGUAUAGCAUCAAGUCAGUUAAACUCCUGGGAUAUUGAUCUGGUCAGUUAAGUAGCAGAGGGGGGUGUUAAUCAGUUUCAGCUGCUUUGGUGUUAAUAAAAUUAACAACAGGUGAACUAGAUGGGCAACAAUGAGACGACCCCCAAAACAGGAAUGGUUUUACAGGUGGAGGCCACUGACAUUUUUUCCCCUACUCAUCUUUUCUGACUAUUUUUCACUAGUUUUGCAUUUGGCUAGGGUCAGUGUCACUACUGGUAGCAUGAGGCGAUACCUGGACCCUACAGAGGUUGCACAGGCAGUCCAACUCCUCCAGGAUGGCACAUCAAUACGUGCCAUUGCCAGAAGGUUUGCUGUGUCUCCCAGCACAGUCUCAAGAGCAUGGAGGAGAUUCCAGGAGACAGGCAGUUACUCUAGGAGAGAUGGACAGGGCUGUAGAAGGUCCUUAACCCAUCAGCAGGACCAGUAUCUGCUCCUUUGUGCAAGGAGGAACAGGAUGAGCACUGCCAGAGCCCUACAAAAUGACCUCCAGCAGGCCACUGGUGUGAAUGUCUCUGACCAAACAAUCAGAAACAGACUUCAUGGAGAACGUUAUGCUGCCUGUAACAUCGUUCAGCAUGAGCGGUUUGGUGGUGGGUCAGUGAUGGUCAGUGAAGGCAUAUCCAUGGAGGGACGCACAGACCUCUACAGGCUAGACAAUGGCACCCUGACGGCCAUUAGGUAUCGGGAUGAAAUCCUUGGACCCAUUGUCAGACCCUACGGUGGUGCAGUGGGUCCUGGGUUCCUCCUGGUGCACGACAAUGCCCGGCCUCAUGUGGCGAGAGUAUGCAGGCAGUUCCUGGAGGAUGAAGGAAUUGAUACCAUCGAAUGGCCCCCACGCUCGCCUGACCUAAAUCCAAUAGAACACCUCUGGGACAUUAUGUUUCGGUCCAUUCGACGCUGCCAGGUUGCACCUCAGACUGUCCAGGAGCUCAGUGAUGCCCUGGUCCAGAUCUGGGAGGAAAUACCCCAGGACACCAUCCGUCGUCUCAUUAGGAGCAUGCCCCGACGUCGUCAGGUGUGCAUACAAGCACGUGGGGGCCACACAAACUACUGAGUACCAUUUUGAGUUGCUGCAAUGAAAUUUCAGCAAAAUGGCCUAGCCUGCUGCAUCAUUUUUUCACUUUGAUUUUCGGGGUGUCUUUGAAUUCAGCUCUCUGUAGGUUGAUAAUUUUCAUUUCCAUCAAACGAUGUGGCAUCCUUUCGUUCCUAACACGUUACCCAGUCCAUAUCAGUACAGAUCUCCAGCAUGAUAUUUUUCCCCAUUGAGAUCUGAUGUGUUUUCAAAGUGUUCCUUUAAUUUUUUUGAGCAGUGUAUUUUUAGGAAUAGCAUUCUGUCAUUUUCAAGUUCAGGUGACCUUGAUAUCUCCCUCCAAUAUUUUUCCAUAUGAUAAAUAAAUUUCACAAAUAAAAGGCCAUGGUUGACUUACAUUACUUAGAUUAAAAUGGAUAAUGUCAAAUAGUAGCUCAGUCAGUCAUAACCAAUAACUGUAUAUAUGGGUGGACAUCAUGACAAGGUCUCAAAAGUGAAACCAAAAUGUCUCUGAGCCCCUCUAUUGGCUGGCUGGAGUGCAGUUAUUAUUAUUAUUAUUAUUAUUAUUAUUUUAUUUUUUUUAUUUUUUUACAAUGAUUCGUAACCCAUCAAGGUGCAUGUGAUGAGUGUGAGUCAUGAAAGGCAUGAAAAGGACUUUACUCUAUUAUCCUACUUUUAGGGGAAACUAAAAGAAGAUAGACUAAGCGCACAUUGUUCAAUCAUGUACAAAUUACACAAAAGGACUGACAAGAGAACUGUAAGUUUAGUGGGGGUUUUGUUUUAAAAAAGGGUUAUGGAAAUUUUCUGUUUACCAUGUUUGGUAUUCAAAGGAAUGAAGACAUUGAAACGCAAAAUAAAAAACCUUGUAUA